AAUGCUAAAAAAAUAGCCCUAAGAAAUAAAGAAUCAGCAACUCUGAUAAGACGAAAUUCCAGCGAAGCAUGUGUGUAUGCUAAGCAAUAAAUGUAGUGAGAGAGCCAGAUUUAAAGCGUAGGGAGGGGCCUUUUUGAGUCGGUGCGAGUUUUUCUGGGAUUUUUUCACAUGUCUGAGGACGCCAAGUACAUCAGUCUCUACUUCAGUCUAGUGCAUCACUCCACCCCCAAUUUAUUUAAGGAAUCUCCAAAAGAUAAGGUACACACAAGCACCAUGAGUUACAUCCCAUCAUGGGUCGGGGGUGCUGGAGGGGGCCACUACCCAGCUCACAUGCUUCCCCCUCAACACAGCUUGAGUGUACAUCAGCAUCCCCCAGUAUCUGCACACUCCCACUCUCCCCACUCAACUACUCCCCACUCUUCGAGUUCUCAUUCUCCUCAUCCUCCUUCCUCAACAGAUUCUCACGUGUCGCACAUGUACCAAGCUUUGUCCUCCAAGUCUCUGAUAGUCUCGCAGUCACUGGCUUUGCAGGCAAGCAACAGCAUCAAGCUUGAUGACCACAACACUCACCAUCACAUGAGUCAGUCCAUGUCAUCUCCUUCUGCCAUGCAUUCUCCGUCACCAACGUCAGUGGUGUCUGCGGUGGCAGCUGUCGUCUCUGCCUCUAACAGUGUCAGCGGCCUUCAACUCCAACCUCCUCCUUCAAGUACCCCUAACCACCCUCCCCCCGCCAACACUCCACAUCAGAGCAACCCUCUGGAAAGUCCAUAUGAACCCCAAGGUUUCCACAGAACAGAUUCCUCACCACCACCAAGGCUCCACACUCCAGACCUGCGACAUGAUCUGGCAUCACAGCUACACAGCCUCCCCGAGCUUGCGCUUGGCAUACCUGGUACCAGCACUUCUGCGGAGAUCAAAGCUCACAGGAAAUAUGGUUUGCCAACAAUGUUGCCCAUCACUCACCCGUCAACAGCGCACAACGACGACGACGAGGAGAACAAGCCCUUCAAGUGUACAGUGUGUGGCAAGGGCUUCAAGUUACGCAGCGGUCUUCAGCAACAUGAACGCACCCACAGUAGUGACAGGCCCUAUGUGUGUCCUGAUUGUGGUAAACUCUUCAGACAACCCACGCACCUGCAGCAGCACAUGCGUAUACACACGGGCGAGAAGCCUUAUGACUGCACUUUUUGUGAUAAGUCUUUCCGACAACGCACCAUCCUGAACCAGCACUUGAGAAUACAUACGGGGGAAAAACCUUAUGUGUGCAUGGAGUGCGGCAAGCAGUUCCGACAAAAGGCAAUAUUGGACCAGCAUUAUAGAACACAUCUGGGGGAUAAACCUUUUGCAUGUCCUCAUCCAGCGUGUCGCAAGCACUUCAGGGAAAUGGCGACGCUGAUAUCGCAUAUGAAGUGCCACAAGGACGUGCCAGACCCGAAGAUUGUUUUGCAGCAAGCAAAGAAGCUCAUCAAGGAAGAACAUGACGAAUACUCGGAGGGUAAUGGGCUCAGUCUAGAGAGCUUAUCCUCUAGACCAGCUCACAUGGCUGGUCUCCAUGGCUUAGUGAACCACAAUCAUUCCCCUCACGGGAUUGUGCAGCAGAGCCAGACUGUUCCUUCCCCUCACAGCCUGCUGGCCCUCGGCCACAACCAAGUGCACCAUGAGACUUCUAAUGGAACAUCCAACAACAACAACCGCAGCCACAGCUUAGAUUCCAACCCUCGAUACGGUAACUCUGUGGGGGAGAGCCCUUCAGCUCUCGACAUCAGGCCAUAUUCUUCUCCAGGGUCUAACAAUUCUCAAAAGUCGCCACAUUCUUUACAGGGUCUGAGCCCCAGCAACAACCAGACCAGCACAAACUCAAGCAGUUCAGCCACUAACGUGUCUAACGGACCUCCACCAGUCACCUCUAAUAAUGUUGAAUCUUCCGGUCAUGGUUUGGUCUCUGAGGCCCAGAGCAGCAUAACCAUGACGCCUGGUGGCAUGAUGGCCACGUCUCCUCACAUGACCAUGGCAAACCUCAUCCCCUACCCACACUCUAUCUUCCCUGGCGCCUCGUACAUGAUGACGCCGUCAUCUGACCCCAGACAAUACCACCAGCUCACAUCUCAGGCCAACCAGGCGACACUCAGACCUGCCCAGUGAUCCCUUCCUGCUCGUCAUCUCCAUGAAACUUUCACUUCCAAUAUCCUUAGCAUCCACGACGCUAAUCUUUGUAGCCGCCACAUCGCCGCAUAAGCUCUGAAUCUGAAUCGCUUGUUGAACUAUUAUUUCCUAUCUCAUAAUGUGUGCCAGCUGCUAUAAGUAUUUGCCAUCUAUUUUAUUUGAAGGUGAAAAUGACGUUAAAUUGAAAAUCGUUGUCGUGGGAUCUGGCCUUCCUAUGCUGUACUUGCAUCGAAACUUUUACCGCCGUGAGCACUGCUUUUUUUAUUCGUAAAUAAAUUAUAAACAAAGCGCGUGUGGAGCGUAAAAUUGUUUUUAAAAUAUCAACUGUGGACGUUGGUGCAAUGUAAUUUAGGCUUAAAAAACCGCAUGGCUCAGCAUUAUUUAAUAAAUUUGUAAAUUUUGUAUGUUGUGAUGAAAAAAGGAAAAUCUUUUAAUGUGGAAAAUAUUUUCGUUAUUAAUAGACGAGCAAAAAUCUGCAUAAUUCGAUUUUGGUGCGUUAAAGCCAAGCGAUAUCCGCGCCAUUAAACGGGAAGAAAUUCCGCCUCUUUGUCGUGAUAUUCUUGAAGGCAUUUUGUUAUCUAAAGUUCAAAUGUGUCUCAAAUUAUGUUGAUUGAUCUAAUGUGCAAUUUUCGUUGUUGUUUUACGUGUUUUAUGUUUGGUAGCUUCUUGUAUGUCUAUGAACGCUCUCUCUGAGGUACGAUUUUAACCUAUUUGAAAGUAAUAAAUUAUAACCUGAACUGUUAACAACUCACAUUGAUUUUAGUAUUGUAACUGAAGAAAUAAUAAUGCACUAAACAAUUAUAUUCGAAACCAGUGAUGUAAGUUCUCGUUGUUACGAGUACCAUUAAAUCUCUUGUGACUGGGAUCUCAGAAGCUGACGCUUACACUGCCUGCAACAUUGUACAUCAAUUGUUACAGUCGCAGAUAUGACUCUGACUUUGCCCCAAGUACGAUGCACUUUUUUUGUUAUUAUGUGGGUCAUCCUGAUAUAGUUUGUCCCUGCUUAAUAACGUAUCAGUACUGGGUGGAGAAAGUGAAUCACUAGUACCGUAUUUGGACAACGUGACCCUUAAAUUUUUCUGAAUAUGUUUUAUCUGCCAAGCCCCCAGGCUGAAGGGACUUGUGUUAUAUUUUAUCUAUACUUGUGGCCUCGCUGAGCAUAGUGGCAA